CGUGUACUACCACCGUUGUUUGUGUUACAGAAAGCGCUUUUAAAGGAACAUCACUUUUCUAUUACAGCCAUAUUUCUGAGAAAACCCGACUGCUUUGGAUACACUGAAAAGGUGCAGUUUCAAGGUGUGUAGAACACUGCUAAGAUGGCCUCUGCAGAAGUCAACUCUCCACUCCAUCUGAGGAGGAGUGUCGAAGAAGAGACAGAGGAGUUCAGCUUAGCUGACUCUCCAUCCCAGCUGAACAUAAAAGAAGAGAGGGAAGAAUUCCCAGGUUCUCAAGAACAGCUGGAGAUAAAAGAAGAGAGAGGAGAGUUCCCUGGUUCUCCAGAACAGCUGAACGUAAAAGAAGAGACAGAGCAGUUCCCUGGUUCUCCACCUCAGCUGAGGAGCGUAAAAGAGGACAGCGAGGAGACCCUGCGUUCUCUGUACAGUCUGAGGAGCGUAUCUGUAGUGCUGGUGGACUGCUGUAGACCACAAGGACGGCAGGAGAACAAUGAAGAGAACCACAGAGAUGCCGAGGCAAGGAAGAGAUCUGGGCAUCAGCUACACUGCAGUUCCAGUGGAGAGGAGUUUCGUGGAAAAACACAUUCUGCUGCCCUGACUACAGAGAGGCCGUACGUCUGCAGUCAGUGUGACAAGAGCUUUAAGAGAAAAGAUGAGCUCCAAAUCCACCAGCGUGUUCACACAGGGGAGAAACCAUUUUCAUGCACUGACUGUGGAAAGAGUUUCUCACAGUUUGCUAACCUCUACACACAUCGUCGCAUUCACACUGGAGAGAAGCCGCACGCUUGCAGUCAGUGUGCCAAGAGCUUUAAGGCAAAAUAUGAACUCCAAAACCACCAACGUGUUCACACAGGGGAGAAACCAUUUUCAUGCACAGACUGUGGAAAGAGUUUCUCACAGUCUUCUAGCCUCUACAUACAUCGUCGCAUUCACACUGGAGGGAAGACGCACUCAUGCUGUCAGUGUGACCAGAGCUUUAAGACAAAACAAAACCUUCAUAUCCACCAGCGCAUUCACACAGGAGAGAAGCCGUUCACUUGCAGUCAGUGUGACCAGAGCUUUAAGACAAAACGAAGCCUCCAAAUCAACCAGCACAUUCACACAGGAGAGUGGCCAUAUCCAUGCAGUCAGUGUGACGAGAGCUUUAAGACAAAACAAAGACUCCAAAUACACCUGCGCAUUCACACAGGGGAGAAACCAUUUUCAUGCACCGACUGUGAAAAGAGUUUCUCACGGUCUACUGAACUUCACAAACAUCGCCGCAUUCACACUGAGAAGCUGUAUGCUUGCAAUCAGUGUGACAAGAGCUUUAAGACACAAUAUAAGCUCCAAGUCCACCAACGUGUUCAUACAGGGGAGAAACCAUUUUCAUGUACAGACUGUGGAAAGAGUUUCUCACAGUCUUCUGGUCUCCACACACAUCGUCGCAUUCACACUGGAGAGAGGCCGUUCCCUUGCAGUCAGUGUGACAAGAGCUUUAAGGCAAAAUAUGAUCUCCAAAACCACCAGCGUGUUCAUACAGGGGAGAAACCAUUUUCAUGCACAGACUGUGGAAAGAGUUUCUCACGGUCUUCUAACCUCCACGCACAUCGUCGCAUUCACACUGGAGAGAGGCCAUACGUUUGCAACCAGUGUGAUAAGAGCUUUAGGAGAAGGAAAGAGUUCCAAAGCCACCAGGUUCUUCACACAGUUGAGAAACCUAAUGGCGAACCAUCUGUCGUUUUCAUGCCACAGAUUUUUGCUUUCGCGACCCUGAAAGUUGGUUCGGAAUGCGAACAACAAAAUAGUUGUUUUUUCUCUGCGAAUAGUGACCACAGCGUGGCCAUCAGCAGGUUCAUCUGGGUAACACAGUCAUGUGCGGGAAAAGGUCAAAGCCCGGUAUGAACACGGGCGGUUCGCAGAUAAGACCUUAAGUGCCGAACGUAACUAGUGCGGGCACCGACUCCGUUCGGGUCGGCCUGAAAGCCCUAACAGGGGAGAAACCAUUUUCAUGCACCGACUGUGGAAAGAAUUUCUCUCAUUAUUCCGCUCUCCACACACAUCGUUGCAUUCACACUGGAGAGAAGCCGUAUGCUUGCAGUCAGUGUGACAAAAGUUUCUCAUGGUCUUCUCACCUUAAGAAACACUUGUUUUCACAAUUGAGAUCGUAAAUCAUUGCACCAAUCAAGACUGCUCACUGUUAGCCAGAGAUGUCAAAGCAACUAUUCAAUAAGAAAAAGAAGCUUUUAAGGAGCUGAGGAGUGUACAGUGAGAACUCCAAAAGCAGACUGAAGGAGUCCAAGGUGGCAUACAGGAAGAAAGUUGAAACAACUAGAAGCACUCAGAGAGCGCAGACCUCCGCCAAGGAAGCUGCUUGAUAGAACAUUUGACUGUCUUACACCCUGUCUUUUAGCCUUCUUUUUGUGGAGUUAGAAACUGGAAUGUUUUGCCCGCAAAGCAAUUUGCGGUCACUAGGGGCAUCUAGAUGUAUAGACCAGCAAUGGUGAAGAAAAUUUAAAAAGGUCCUGGUUCCGGUUCGUGAUCCAGAUCACCACCAGAGUUUAAUCACUUUUUCCUUGGUUCAUUAUCAACAACUCCACAGAGUUUCAGCCAAAUCCGUUCAUAACGUUUUGAGUUAUCCUGCUGACAGACAAACAACCAAACAGACAGACAAACCAACGUGACCGGAAACAUUACCUAAAAAAAGGAUGGACAAUGCUAAAGAGGCAGCGGAUCAAAAACAUCACUGAGUGAGGAAAGAAGAGAGGUCAAUGGCCAAUGACCUAAACCAGUUCUACAACCGGUUUGGCAACUCUGGCACAGGGGGAGGCAUUUCUCUUGUCACCUAUAAAGCCCCCCCACACACUCUUUCCCAUCAUAUAUGGUAGUUCAAAUGUGCCUGCACAUAUUAAUCGCACAUAUUCAAUUGUGUUGCAUACUAAUGUGAGCUGUUUCAUUAGCCUGGGCCCAUUCAUAACUGUGGCACACCAAAUUUCAUGUUCAAGUCUUGUUACGUUAUACAUUAAUGUUGUAUG